UGACGUCAUUCACUCGCCCAAUAUGGCGGCCAACGUGAGCUGGGAAUUUUGUUUUUGACUCAUUUUCCGCGAAUUAUCCUCAUUUUCUCGGCCGCUGGGGACAUUUGAGAUGUGUCAACGAUUCAGACGAGGGAUUGUAACGUCUUCUAGCUGUGGGUUGUAGCGUGGAGGGAAGGAAUCGUCCGGAGGAGAGACAUGGAGGGGCUAACGUUGACGGACGCGGAGCAGAAGUUGUAUUCCGAGCUGUUCGGGACUUGUGAUGUCGAGCACACAGGCAGAGUCUCGGGCACUAAAGCCUCAGAACUGUUCCUAGCCUCGCAGCUGCCACACGACACGCUACAGCAGAUCACAGAACUGUGUGGUGCGACAAGACUGGGCCAUUUCGGUCGUAGCCAGUUCUACAUCGCGCUGAAGCUGAUAGCCGCCGUGCAGAGUGGUCUACCUGUCCGACUGGAGAGUCUUAACACAGGUGAGGACAGACAGACAGGAGGACGGUACAUAGGGGCGGGGUCUCCGGGGGGGGGGGAGGGAGCAGCUCAAAAUACUGUGACAGACAACACAUCCAGGGGUUUUGCCACCACCUCCCAGUCGAGGACAUGUGAGAAGUGGGAGCUCCGGAAACCCCCCUCACAUCCUCCACUCCAGACAACAUGUUGUCACGGAGGCUGGCUCGAACAAUCUGCCUUUACAGCCGCCGGAGCCAACACGUCAGACGGGUGGGUGGAGUUUUCCUCGUCCCCUGCCUCCCAGCCCCGCAGCCUCAAGCCUGAACACGGCGGCGCGCCCACUGACUCUGAGGACGAGGUGGACCCCUGGACCAUCACACAGGAACAGAGAGACUACUACACCGCGCAGUUCAAAACCAUGCAGCCGGACCUGCACGGACUCAUUCAAGGUACAACGGCAAGGGAGUUCUUCCAGCGAUCUAAGUUGCCAAUUGCACAAUUGUCCAGGAUAUGGGACAUGUCAGAUGUAAAUCAGGACGGUGCUCUGUCCCUGGAGGAGUUUUUUGCAGCGUUUCACCUCGUGGUGGCCAGAAGAAAUGGUUACGACCUGCCCGAGACCUUGCCACAAGCCCUGAUGCCCAGGAGCACACAGCCAACAACAGAGGAAGAUCCUUUUGCCGCAGCCCCUCCCAUGGCUGGAGGGGGUACCCCCCCUGUCCCUGCAGCACAGCCCCAGGCCCCCCCUCAGCCCGCCCCCCAGCCCGCCCCACAGGCAGCCCCCCAGCCAGCCACUCAACCAGCACAGCAGCCUACAGGGGCUCAGGGGGGCAGCAAGUCUGCUGAGGAGAAUUGGGCCACGUUUGAUGAGAACUCUUCAUCACCCUCUCCGGUAGUUCAGAGCCCAGCCAACUUUGACUUUGCUGCUGUCCACCCAGACCCAGCAUCCAAGAUUAUCCAGCCUGUACCAGUGAGAAUGUCACCAGAGGGGCAGACAUAUCCUGACUACAGGCCCAGGACUUUCUCUGAACCCAUCCCGACAGACGUGGUGAACUUACGCCGCGAGCGGUCGGGCACCAGUCCCAGCAAACAUCCCAAAUCCAGCGACACCGGCGAGAGCACGCCUGGUAAAAUCGCCCCUCCCCCUCCCAGCACACGCUCCAAGAGUGCCAAAUCCUCAGAGGAAGACAUGGAAAACGGAGUCCCUCCCCACAAGAAACUGACUCAGACCAUGUCUGACUCCAUCCGGCUGAGACCAAGGCUCGCAGAGAAACUGUCACGCCCAAGGUCUUACUCAGGAACCAGUGUUGGUGGGCAUCACCCGACCCCCCUGGCCACCAGCCCCCUGGCCCAAUCCGAUAGCCCUACCGAGUCCCAGUUGGGGGGUAAGAAGGAGGCCCCCCUGCUGCCUCCGCCCCCUCCCCGGCCACCCCCCAGACGGCAGCAGGCCCACUCCCGCUCCGUGUCCCUAGACCUGAACCGUGUCUUCCUCCACAGGGACAGUAAAGGCAAACACCCCGCCCCCCAGCCACUAGCCCCUCCCCCUGCCGUCCCCCCCAGACAUGUCUCACCAGCCACAAAGGGGCCCAAAGUGGUUCAACAGAACAGUGAACAGGCCAUGCCGAUCAGCCCAACCCCCAAGACUACCCCCAACAACGUGGUCAACUUUGUCACAGCUGAAGCUGCUGUCCCAACGGAAGGCCUGAAGCACAGCAGGACAAUGUCACUGGACAGCAAAGCUGGAUCCGCUUUUAGAACCAAAUGGACUUUUCGUAGGUCUGUCUCCUUCCAACCCGAGGUUCCUUUAGCGACAGAUACUCCCCCCACCCCUCCCCCCAGACCACAUGAUCAGACAAAAAGUGGAGGAGGAGACAAAGCAGAAGACACACCAGUGGAACCGCCAACAAAGCCUGUGAAAAAGAAGGCGCCCACGCCACCUCCAGUGAGGCCCAGGAACAGACACAGAUCCGGAGAGGACAGCCAGAAGUCAGAGGUCAGACAGGAAGAACCCAGCACUAAUGACAGGAGAAGACACGUGUCGGCACCCGCUACUAGAGUACCCCCCAUUCCACCUCCACCUGUCAGAAGAAAAAAGGAGGAGAUCCAGGCCGCCAUCAGGGCGCACAAGGAGCGGAACACGGUUCUGUCUCGCACCAACAGCGAGCUGCAGGGCGACCUGGCGGAGGCCACGGAGGAGCGCGUAACGCUGGAGCUACAGCUGCAGAAACUCAAGCCAUUCGGGGUCACUGGCCUAUAGCACUCCGCGGAGUGUCCUGGCGGUUACGAUAUCAUACUUUGUCCAGCUUUUCACGGGGGUAACGGCGCAACCACACGGCAAAGAACCACAGCGAGCGUCUCGAGCACAAAAGCCGGAUGACAUGGAUGAGACCCAUCCACGUCCCUUUCACUGAGCAACAGAUGCAUUACGUCAUGCAAAGCUUUAAGAUUUUACCCCAGAUCUUGCACAGGUACAAUGCACAGGGCAUGAUCGUGGUUCAUACUGUAAUAUGCAAGCAACGGUUUAAAGAAUGGCUAAACCUACCGGGUUGUUUGCAAUGGCAAUAACAACCUCACAUUUGCAAGCAACACAAGUUUGCCCCUUCCCUUAGCCCAUAGAAGGUCAAAAGUGACAUGUCAGAGGUCAAGGUCAUAGGUAGCCGGUGACCUUUCCCAUGCUUGAGUAAAAGCUGAGAGGAAAAAGAGGCCCUAUUUCUCGAAAAACUACUAAAAAAGUUAUUUUUCCCCACUGCCUCCCUUCUUGCUAUAAAUGCCAGAGAUGCAAAGGAUUCUCGAAACUGUUUUUGUGACAAUUACAUAUUCGUGCCAGGGGGUAGAAAACGGUAGAAAAGUAGCGUACGUCUUUGCCGCUGUGUGUCUUCCCGUCGUCUAGUAUUUUUGUGACUCGUGUGAAGGAUAUAUCUCUCAACUCGGGCAGGAGGGUGACAGAAAAGUGUUGAAAACUUGUUUCUCUAAACUCAAAACUUGUAUGCUGAAAGUUCGAUUUUUAUUAGAUACCAUAAUUCUCACUAUGAACAUAUUCACCACUCUGGACGUGUGACAUGGUGCAUUGGGUUCACAUUUUACCCACAGUGCACCAUGUUGUGCAUGCGUAGUUGGAACCAUGAACCCUUUUGACUUAUAGAUCAUUCCUUGUAUUUUGAAGAAACUUUCAAAUGAUUAUCUGAUUUACAAUUUAAAGACACUCAGAUUGCCCUUUGUUGAAGUUGAAGUAAAACAAACUUUCAACACUCUUAGAAGUAACUGUUGGUAAAAUGAGAAAGAAAGAAGGCAUCAGAUAUGUACAUGUAUAUGGAGCAUAAGAGAAAUAAGGAAGGAGAGAGUAUAUUGUCUUUGUGCCAUGUAUGGAAAGAAUUAUGCGGUAUUUCUUGUCCACUUAGAUAUGUAGUCAACUAACAUGUACAGGGACAGGGUCAUAUUAUAUAAAUAUAAAAAACAACAAGACAUAUUGUUUCAAACAGUGCAGAAACUUACAGAAUAUUCCCUUGUUUUUGGGUAAGUUGACAGUCAGAGUUAAAGCUAUGUCAUUUCAAGACUAACAAUAAGAUUGUUGGAUAUUUUACCUAUUGUUCAAGAAGGAUCACGUCCAAAGUUUUAUGGUAAGCAGAAUCUAGAGUGCUUGUACCUACCCUCAACAUACAAACAUGGAACAGUCCUGACACUCGGUUCUGAUAACACAGAAUAGGUCAUUUCUGUCAAAGAGGGGUGGUCAGGGUAAAUGAUUGUUAUGUUGACUAAGUUAACAGUAUGACCCCGAAGAGGCAAGUUCCAGUAUUAUGAUGAAAACCUUAUUUAGAAACUACAGAUAUUAUUAUUGUAGAUAAGAGACUUAUGUAGAUAGUAGAUAUGCACAUAGUGUAAUAUUUGAAACUAUGAAAAAAAAGAACUAACCAAGAAAAGAGAGAGUUAGCAACAAAAGAAGAAUUAGUUGAAUAUUAUAAAGCUAUAUGCAGGACACCAACUGUCAUAUUCAUUGUGGGACAUCAGUUCAUUUAAGAAAUUUGCUUUGUUAAGAGAUUUAGAAACACUGCUUGCCAAAAUAGCCAUGUUUACCAUUAUAUUUUCACAUCUUCCCCCCAACAAUGCAAGUAUACCAGAGUUUUAGCUGUGUGUUAUGUUUGCCACUUUGUAAAGAUGUAGUUGCCAGAGUUGAACUUGAAUUUUCUUUAUUUUUUUCAUAGGCCACGCCAGCUUAUUGUGUUGGUUCUUGGACAUUUUGAGGCACAAAUUUAGAAAGGUCAAAGUACUGGGAGUAAAAACUUCCUGUGCAAAACAAGAAUAGACUUCUCCAUAAACACCUUUCUUGUAUUAUUUCGAUUCACCAUUUUUUUAUAGUUCAAGAACCAACUAAUUAGCUUGCUAUGGCCAAAUGAUGACUGUUACAAACUGCCAUGUUGACAGCAACCUUAUUUUUGAGUCAAGGUAAACUUUCAUUUUCCCUUCCUCUUGAAAUUAGAGCUGGAGUCGUCAUACAUGAUUUCAUAUAGCCUUUGGAUUAAAAAAAAAAUGACCAUGCCAGAAGGUAUGUGAUACUUGCACACCCCCAAAGUGCUGGUGAAAUAUUCCAUAGUCAGAAUCUGGACCAGGUAAAUACUUUAUAACUAAACCAUAUGCAUCUUCAGACCAUCUUUACAACUGUGAACAAACAAGAGACAAUUUUUGGGGAAGGUUGCAAAGUGCACCUUUCAAGCACAAGAAGUUUGAAUAACAUUAUAAUUAUAGUUUUUUGGCUGUGUUGUGAAACAUACAGUUACAUGAAAUACAAGAGUAAGAAAGAAAACAUUUGUCUUUCCAUUGAAAGAGAAGUGCAAUAGCAUCACACAUUGUUAAGAAUACCCAACACGACCUAUAUCAUAGGCAUGGGUAAAUAGUAGACUUAUUUCCUGUAUACUUUACCAUAAAUAAUGUUUGGCUUUACCAACAUUUAAUAAGUAACAACUUUAUUGCUUUCAGGUAAAUAGCACCAAGUGUCACUGUCAUGAAAAGUACAAAAGUACCCUAACCAUGUAUCUUGCCAUUACGUUUAGUUUAGUAUGUUUGUCAUGAAAUGAUCAAUAACUGUAAGUUAAGUUUGAAUUCAAUGGAUAUUAAAUGUAUUAUAUCAGUUGAAUUAAAUGUAAGAAUAAAUGGUUAAGCACUCAAUGUAUUUUGAAUGUUACUUCAGUUUGCCAAUGCUUUCUUUACCAUCAAAUGCAAACUUCCAGGCUCACAAAUAACGAAGUGCAUACUACCAGUAAUUGUGUUAAACUAUUUUCCUGAGGAGCAAGAAACCCAGUGUAAUAAUUAUGACAUAUUGUUAAAAUAAUAGUAUUUCAUGGCAAACCCUUACCAAGUAAGUGUGGCGAGCUUGUUCUUCAAGUGUAUACUAAAAAUCAAAGAUAUGAACUCACUUGUACAUUUUGUUUGCCGUGUAUUAUCUAAUAUCUUCUUUACAUUAUGAAGAUGUAGGAUGACACUGCACAUUAUUAUGUUAGGUUUUGCCUAUGAUUAUAGCACAUGUAGUUGUUUUGACUGCAAUUGACAGACGCCCAGAUGUCCGUGGGAUCAUGAGAAGGGUCUGUCGUUUUCAUGGAUUAAACCAAUAUUAAUUCAUGCCAUGAAGCAUGACCAAUCGUGCUGGUUGUUUCAAAUGCCAUGCCAUUAAACAGAUUAGUAAA